CGCCCGAGUUGACGAGGUUCAUUUCACAGCUCUCCUCAUGUAUUGGGACAGCGAUGCCUCCAAGAAUAAAUCCACGAAGGGGUCAGAAAAUAGAAGAAAGAAGCUGCAUGACCACCACUUGGGCUCACACUCCUAUGCCAAUCUGGAGGAUGUUUAUUGUCAGGAUACGGGAAAAUCAUUAAUGCCAAUACACUUGAGGGCGAAAGCGGCGUAUGGCAUUUUCCGUGAUAGAUAUAGGGGUGAUGAGAAGAAUCGAGAUAAGAUCAAGGCAAAUCUCGAGUUGGUGGAGGGAUUUGAGGCUGCAUCCAAGGAGGCUGCAACUGUGUAUAUGUCGCAGCAGGAGGAACAAUCUGAGCCGGACCCUCACAUGCUUUCUGCAGAGGACAACAUUACUCUCACACAGCAUUUGAUGGGUCAUAAUAGGAGAGGGAGAUAUCCUCUGCAUGGUGUUGGAGCUUCACCCGGCGUAAGCAUGAGGUCAUCCACAGCAUCCUCCACAGCAUUUACAUCCAUGAGAGCAGCCCCGCCUCGGUUCCAGGCUAUGCCAUUUGUCGCACGUAUCUCUGCAUAUUUGCUUGACAAGAUUGACUCGGAGCUACAUAUCCAGGUGACUAAUGAGAUGACAAGAGUUGCGCUGACGGCGAACUCGAUGGAUGAUCUCCUGGGGUAUGUCAUGCAAUAUUUAAGCGGUGCGAUUCCUCAUAGCGCGUAUGGUGGUGUUAUACGGAUUAUAAGCUCGCUUGGCGAUAAUUCCGGUGCUGGUCAGAGCAGCACUCAGAGUGGAGAUAUUGGAGGGAGCAGCACACGUUCUCGUAACCAGGAUAGAGAUACUGCCGACGACGACGACCGAUGAGGUUUAUG